AUCGUCGAUUUCAGAAAACAACUUUACAGCGAAAACUGGAAAUGAAAUAAAUAUAAAGUGUAGUGCAGUGGCUCAUUUAAGUUGUGUUGAGUGCGAUGCGAGUGGUUUGUGUAUGUAAUAGCUGUUGACACAGUGCGCCAUGCGUUGAACCGCCGCCGGCUGCUGUCAGCACGCGCGGAUAUGGUUGACCCCCUGAAAAUAUUUUGGGUUUUAACAAACAGUACUUAUUUAGUGACCAAAUUCAUCCGAAUCGGCAUCGCGGAUAAAAAUGACAAUCCACCCUAUUUCGACAAGGAGCUAUACGAAGCGGAAGUGGACGAAAAUGAAGACAUCCAACAUACUGUUCUCACGGUCACCGCCAAAGAUCACGACGAAUCAUCGCGUAUUCGAUACGAGAUUACGAGCGGGAACAUAGGAGGUGCGUUCGCUGUAAAGAACAUGACUGGCGCCAUCUAUGUAGCGGGCGCACUCGACUAUGAAACAAGGAAACGGUACGAGUUGAAGCUAGCUGCAUCGGACAACCUCAAAGAGAACUACACGACGGUCGUGAUUCACGUGAAGGACGUGAACGAUAAUCCCCCGGUGUUCGAGCGGCCUACAUAUCGAACUCAAAUUACAGAAGAAGACGACCGCAAUCUUCCCAAGCGGGUGCUACAGUACGAGUUGACGCUGGUGGCAUCUGACGGGCGCAACGAGAACUCAACGCGUGUAGUGGUUCACGUGCUCGAUAUCAACGACCUUCCGCCCCGGUUCACACACAGCGCCUACAUCACUCAGGCUCUCGAGGAGACCGGCCCCUACCCCCACUCCUUAAUACAGGUAACAGCUACAGAUGGUGACAAAGACAGACAACAAAACAUUGUUUACUUCCUCACGGGUCAAGGCAUUGAUCCAGACAAUCCAUCAAAUAGCAAAUUUGAUAUUAACCGAACGACUGGAGAAAUAUUCGUUCUCAAGCCAUUAGAUCGUGAUCAACCAAAUGGAAGACCGCAAUGGAGAUUCACCGUAUUCGCUCAAGACGAAGGGGGCGAAGGACUCGUAGGUUACGCUGACGUUCAAGUUAAUCUAAAAGACAUCAACGAUAAUGCACCAAUAUUCCCACAAGGUGUUUACUUUGGCAAUGUUACUGAGAAUGGGACAGCAGGCAUGGUUGUUAUGACUAUGACUGCCAUAGAUUACGACGAUCCAGCUGAAAGUAAUAAUGCAAAAUUAUGGUAUUCGAUCGAGAAAAAUGUAAUAGAAGAAGAAACAGGUUCACCAAUAUUUGAAAUAGAACCAGAAACCGGUGUCAUUAAGACAGCUGUAUGUUGUUUGGAUCGUGAAAGGACUCCCGAUUAUUCUAUUCAAAUCGUAGCAUCAGACGGAGGGGGGUUAAAAGGAACUGGUACAGCAUCUAUACGAGUUAAAGAUAUCAAUGAUAUGCCACCUCAAUUUACUAAAGAUGAAUGGUUUACAGAAGUAGAUGAAACGGAUGGAACAAAUUUACCAGAAAUGCCAAUUCUUACAGUGACUGUUCACGAUGAAGAUGAAACUAAUAAAUUUCAAUAUAAAGUAAUUGAAAAUAGUGGAUACGGUGCUGAUAAAUUUACUAUGGUUAGAAAUAAUGAUGGCACAGGUUCACUUAAAAUCGUUCAACCUCUAGACUAUGAGGACCAAUUGCAAAGCAACGGUUUUAGAUUUAGAAUACAAGUUAACGAUAAAGGAGAAGACAACGAUAAUGACAAAUAUCAUGUAGCUUAUUCUUGGGUUGUUGUUAAACUUAGGGAUAUAAAUGACAAUAAACCCCAAUUUGAACGCGCAAAUAUUGAAGUAUCCGUGUAUGAAAAUGCUGAAGUCGGCAAAAGUCUUGAAACAUUUAAAGCUACAGAUCCGGAUCAAGGUGGUAAAAGUAAAGUUUCAUACGCUAUUGAUAGAUCAUCGGAUAGAAAAAGACAGUUUUCUAUAAGCCAAGAGGGUACUGUAAGUAUUCAAAGAUCUUUAGAUAGAGAGGACACGCCUAGACAUCAAGUAAAAAUAUUAGCUAUAGAUGAUGGAGUUCCUCCUCGAACAGCUACAGCAACUUUAACAGUUAUUGUGCAAGAUAUCAAUGACAAUGCACCUACAUUCCUUAAAGACUAUAGACCAGUAUUAACAGAACACAUUACACCUAAAAAAGUAGCAGAAAUUUUAGCCACUGACGAUGAUGAUAGAUCUAAAAGUAACGGUCCUCCUUUCCAAUUCAGACUUGAUCCUGGUGCUGAUGACAUAAUAAGGGCUUCUUUCAAAGUUGAACAAGACCAAAAAGGUGCCAAUGGUGAUGGUAUGGCAAUUGUUUCCUCACUUCGGUCUUUUGAUAGAGAACAACAAAAGGAAUAUCUCAUUCCUAUCAUAAUUAAAGAUCACGGAAAUCCAGCUAUGACUGGAACUAGUACUUUAACUGUAGUCAUUGGUGAUGUCAAUGAUAACAAAAUGCAACCAGGAUCUAAGGAAAUUCUUGUAUAUAAUUACCAAGGACAAGCACCAGAUACUGAAAUUGGAAGAGUUUAUGUUUACGAUUUGGAUGAUUGGGAUUUACCCGAUAAGAAAUUUUUCUGGGAAAGUUCUGAACAUCCAAACUUUACAUUAAAUGAAGAAACAGGUAUGGUACAAAUGAGACAUAAAACAAGAGAAGGCAGAUAUCAUUUAAAGUUCAAAGUUUAUGAUCGGAAACAUACUCAAACUGAUGUUCCUGCUAACGUCACUGUUUACGUAAAAGAAAUAUCACAUGACGCAAUAAUAAAUUCAGGUUCAAUACGAAUAUCAGGAAUAUCGGAUGAAGAUUUCAUUCGAGUCUGGAAUUAUAAGACAUUAAGUGUAUCUAGAAGCAAGUUAGAUAUAUUUAAAGACAAGUUAGCGGAUUUACUGAAUACUGAACGAGAAAAUAUUGAUAUAUUCAGUGUCCAAUUGAGAAAGAAACAUCCGCCAGUAACCGAUAUUCGUUUUUCAGCACAUGGUGCUCACUAUUAUAAACCAAUUCGGUUAAAUGGCAUCGUAUUAAUGCACCGAGAGGAAAUCGAAAGAGCUGUUGGAAUUAAUAUUACUAUGGUUGGUAUUGAUGAAUGUAUUUAUGAAAACCAAAUGUGUGAAGGAUCUUGCACAAAUGUCCUGGACAUCAGUAACUUACCAUAUAUGGUAAAUUCUAACAAAACUGCACUCGUUGGUGUAAGAGUUGAUGUUAUUGCUGAGUGUACGUGUGGUGCGAGAAACUUCACACAAGCCGAGACAUGUCGCAAUUCUCCUUGUUAUAAUGGUGGUAGAUGUAUAGAAGGUAAAUAUGGUUUAACUUGCUCUUGUCCACCCGGCUACACGGGUCCAAGAUGUCAACAAACAUCAAGAAGUUUUAGAGGAACUGGAUGGGCGUGGUACCCAUCUUUGGAGAUGUGUGAUAGUUCUCAUUUAAGUUUUGAAUUCAUAACACGAAAAUCAGAAGGUGUUUUGCUAUACAACGGACCAAUAGUCCCACCCGAACCAGAAGAAAUAGUCGUAUCAGAUUUCAUUUCUGUUGAAUUAGAAAGAGGAAAUCCCAGGUUACUUAUAGAUUUUGGCUCCGGCACAUUAGAACUCAGAGUGAAAACUAAGAAGUCAUUAGAUGACGGCGAAUGGCAUCGCUUAGAUAUAUUUUGGGAUACUGAAAAUGUACGAAUGAUUGUCGACUUCUGUAGAUCAGCAGAUAUUCAAGAAAUGGAAGACGGCACACCACCAGAAUUCGAUGAUUCAACAUGUCAAGCAACUGGAAGCAUUCCGCCAUUUAAUGAAUAUUUGAAUGUUAAUGCACCAUUGCAAAUUGGAGGACUUUACAUCGAACAUUUUGAUCCUACGCAUUAUCAUUGGCAAUACAUGCCCAUUGGAAAAGGUUUUGACGGGUGUAUUAGGAAUUUAAUACACAACAGUAAAUUAUAUGACUUAGCACAUCCUGGAUUAUCACGGAAUUCUGUAGCGGGCUGUCCACAAACUGAGGAAGUUUGCAACCAAGCCGACACUACCUCGAGAUGCUGGGAGCAUGGCACUUGUGUGGGAAGUUUUUCCGAAGCUAGAUGUCAGUGUCAACCGGGCUGGACCGGACCAUCGUGCAAUUUACCAACAACACCCACAAGCUUUAGACCCCAGAGCUACGUUAAAUUUGCACUAAGCUUCGAACCUGACCGAUUUAGUACCCAAAUUCAACUUAGGUUUAGAACUCGAGAACCUCACGGAGAACUUUUCAGAGUUAGUGAUCAACAUAAUCGUGAAUAUGGAAUUUUAGAAGUGAAAGAUUCACGACUGCAUUUCCGAUUCAACCUAAAUUCAUUACGGACAGAAGAACGCGACGUUUGGCUAAAUUCUGUAGCAGUUGAUGAUGGCCAAUGGCACAUUGCUCGUGUGAGCAGAUAUGGCAGCGCUGCCACUCUGGAAAUCGAUGGUGGCGAAGGAAGACGAUAUAAUGAAACAUUUACAUUUGAAGGACAUCAAUGGCUUCUUGUUGAUAAACAGGAGGGCGUAUAUGCAGGAGGUAAAGCCGAAUACACUGGUGUGAGAACUUUUGAAGUAUACGCCGAUUUCCAAAAAGGAUGCUUAGAUGAUAUCAGAUUAGAAGGCAAACAUUUACCAUUGCCUCCAGCAAUGAAUGGAACUCAAUGGGGUCAAGCAACGAUGGCAAGAAAUUUGGACAGAAACUGCCCAUCAAACAGUCCCUGCAUCAACGUUCACUGCACAGAACCAUUUGUUUGUGUAGAUCUUUGGAACGAAUACGAAUGCACGUGUCCGGGUGGAUCGAGUCGCGCGGGUGGGACGUGUGUCAACGUGAACGAGUGCGUGCACAAUCCGUGUCUGAACGGCGGCACGUGCGUGGACCGCGAGCCGGCGCGCCGCUACGACUGCAUCUGCCCGUUCGCCUACACCGGCCAUGACUGCGAACUAGAACUGCUGGCCUCGGGAAUCAUCAUGCCUUCCAGAGAUUUCAUUAUAGCUAUCAUUGUCUGUUUGUUUUUGCUUUUAGUUCUUGUGCUGGUGUUUGUGGUGUACAAUCGCCGUCGAGAGGCGCACAUAAAAUAUCCAGGUCCAGACGACGAUGUUCGCGAGAACAUUAUAAACUACGAUGACGAGGGCGGCGGCGAAGAUGACAUGACCGCCUUCGAUAUUACGCCCCUUCAAAUUCCAAUCGGCGGACCGCUCCCUGAUCAUGUCCCAUCGAAACUACCAUAUCCGUUGAUGGGAGUGGGCCUAGGAGUAGGUCCAAUGGUUGGUGUAGCACCAGCUGUGGGUGUACCUCUGCCAGGGGAAACGAACGUGGGCAUGUUCAUCGAAGAGCAUAAGCGAAGGGCGGACAGCGACCCAAACGCGCCACCCUUCGACGACCUCAGGAAUUAUGCGUACGAAGGCGGCGGUAGCACUGCCGGCUCUUUGUCUUCGCUUGCUUCCGGAACUGACGACGAAGUGCACGAGUACGACUACCUGGGCGCGUGGGGCCCGCGGUUCGACAAGCUCGCCGACUUGUACGGCCCCGACCUCGACGAGCAGCUGUAGAUCUCAUCCUCUCCCCGCGCACCCCGACGACGAUUAGUCAAUUGUCUCCCCUCUCCGCUCGGCGCGCACAUCUCCGUGACGUCCCCGUGACGUCUCCGUGACUCCUUCGUGACGUCGCGUCGACGUUCGGCCGUGACUACGAGUAUCUUAACCGAUUUUCUAAGAGUUUAUUUUAUACUUUAGGAAUCGUUAGCUUAAGUAUCUCUAUGUACGUUUGAUUGCGAAAUUUUUUAUGAGGUUUCCCGACCGAUUACUUCACCAAAUAUUUGAUAUAAGUUUUAUUCGAGUUAGCCAUAUUAUGAGUCAGUAUUUUAUUGGAAGCUAACGAGAUAAGUGGAUUUCUGCCGGAGGGCCAGAUGUGAAUCGGAAUCGUGGGUGUUUGUAGAUAGUGUGCUAUAAAUGUGAAUAAUUUAUACGAGUAUUUUGUAAGUCCACAGCUUUACGUGAUAUCACUCGACGUUCGGCCCUUCUGCAUUAAAUCAAUGUACCUACUAUGAAAAUAUGUUAUAUUUUAUAUUAAUUAUAAUAAUUAAUAGAGUCCCUUUGGACGUCGAGUCUAUAAUGCUCAUUCGAUAUGGAAAGUAUUCGCUGGGGAUGUAUAUACGAUAAAUUAACGACUACCCCAAUUAUCUUAGUUUAAUGUAAAACAAUUUACAUUCUACUUGAAAUUUCCAUGUAAGUGAACUAACUGUACAGUAACUGGUGUUCCUCUCCGAGUCUCCAUGUAGUAUUAGACGAUAUAAAUUAGAAUAUCUGUGAAGGUCUACGGUCUACUCGUAAUAGUAGCUAAUUAAAUAAUACUUAUCGAUUGGGAGGAGUUUCAUUCAAAUACAUGUGAGAUUGAUAGACGGAUGUGAGGCAGCGCGAAGGGCACGUGCGCGUGGGCGUCACUCGUCGCGACGCGGGCGGUGACGUCACUGCGCACUGCCGGUGUGAAUGGGAAAGUGCCAAUCUAUUAGCGUCAUCGACGCAGCUAAUGACCGUAGCGUUAAGUGUUUGCACUUUAUUUAUUCAAUAUAUUUAAAUAUAAAUUUAGUCGCACCUAGAAAAAUAUCAAUAACUUACUAAGAGUGUUGUGCUAGGAUUAUUCCAUCGAUUUUGACGUGAGAUAGUUAUUGCAACCGUUAGAAGUCACUAAUUUAAUGCUAAUUUUUAAGAAUUUAUAGUAAAAUAAUUAAUUAAAUUACAGGUUCUUUAAAACUGUCUCACAUCGACAUCGAACUAGGAUCAGUGUAAAUUUUAGAAUAUACUGUAUUGUGUUUAAAAUGACUGAUUUUAUUAUGCGUUUGAAGCCUAAGAUUUUGUAGAUUCGGUUGUUUAAUUAUAGACUUUGAAUAUCUACUAUAAGAACACCUCUAGUUUGCACACAAGAACUACUCGUCUCUAUAAUAAAGCAAUUCUCGUUAAUUACUAAUCAUGUAAGUAGGAGUUUAAUGUUUGUCCGAUAACGACAUUUAGGUUUUUAUUAUUCCUUUAUAUAUAUCAUUACACUGCCAGUAAUCAUAUAGACAAUUUAUAAUAUAAAGAAUUUUUGUCCGUUUUUUAUAUUUCAGUCUUUACAAAAAAGGUGGUAUAUUAUUUUUAACUAUUUAUUAUUAAACAUCCUCCCCUCGCGACAGAAUUGUGCAUUUAAAUGCACAGACUAGCUCCGUUUUUAUAUAAGCUCUGCGUUGUCUCGAAUCGUGUAGUUUUACUAAAUAAUAAUUGUCUACCAAAGAGUUAUUUGUGUCAGCGACACGCGUUGCUUCGUCACAUAAACAUCGAGUAACUCAUAACUGUACUUACCGAAUUUAAACGUAAAUGUAAACGUUCACACGAUUUCAAUCACACUUUUAUAACAUUUGAAAAUUAUGCCAUUGAAGCGGGUUCGUCGAUACGCUGUUUGCACUUCACACAUCAAAAUGUUGACGGUCGAUUGCUCCUCACCUGACCCCUGUACACCUAAUUAAGACGGCAGAGCACAGAAUCCCAGUACAAAUUGUGAAUGGUGUGAAGUUCGCGCCGCAACCGACACCGGUGCACGUAAUUUUAUUUUAGACACUAAUUAUAAUUAUACCGACAUAGUUAUGUUUUGUUUCAACUGUGAUUAUUUAGUUGUACAACUCUGACGAUUACAUAAAAGAAUUAAUAAAAUAUGA